GUGCGGUGUUUUCUUGGUGCCGCCCGUCUCACACACAUGCUGGCUCGUAGUGUUGCACCGGGUCUGCUAUACCAACCUUGUAGGACUAUGCGUGCUGGUGGGUUUGCCGCUGGCAGCAUGCUAGUUAGCCGUCCGUGGUGGCGGGUCCGCGAGGGAGGUGAAGAAUAAAAAUUUAAAAUGAGUAGUACGGCAAAACCCAAGAUUGAAGGUGGUAAAGGAGUGAGGAAGGAGGGCAAUAUCAGGAAGGAGAGUGGGAAGGAGAAGGAGAGAGAGGGAGAGGAGGCUGGAGUAGGUGUGGGAGCAGAGGAGGAGGUGUAUGCCUUUGGUAGAAGAGGAAGCGUGCAGAGGUCUCCGCCGAAGGUGUUGCAGUUGGUGGAAAGGAUGGAGGAAGCGGUGAGGCCGGUGGCUGCGGCUUAUGAAGAUGAAGGUGCUGUCCCAAGAAAUAGAUCCGCAUCGCUGUCAUCUGCAACAGAAAGGAAGAGAAAGAAGUGUGAAAUGGAUGUUUCGUUAGAUCCUGAAAAAGUUGAUGGUACUUCCCUUGAGCGAAUGAGGGCGGUAAAGAGGGAUCUGCAGCAGUUCCUCAUAAAUGAUCCGGCGAAACUCUCGAAAAAUACGAGAAUUAAUAUCCUGGAAAGGUUUAACAAAGUUGAAGAAUUAUUUCAAGAAAUGGUUAUCGAAAGUCAGGUAAAUAAAAGAUUGAUUGAAGAUCUGAAAAUGAAAAUAAACUUACCUGCGGUGGUGGCGGCUCCGUCCUUUGCCAGGGUGGUCUCGUCGCGUGUUCAACCUGAAACAGAAGAGAAGAAUGUUAUCAUAAUUAGAGGAAAAGAGGAAAGUAUGUUGAAUAAUAGUGAGCUGGUGAAAAAGGCGGUUUGUGAUGAAAUGGUGAAAGGAUUGAAGACAGUUAAGAUUAGAAAUUUAAGAAAGAUAAGGGAUAAUGGGGUGGUAAUUGAAACGGAAACGAAGGAAGAUUUGGAAAUUAUUAAAAGAAGUGGUAAACUGACGGAAAUGGGUUUGAAGGUAGAGGCUCCGAAGAAAUCUGGUCCGACUGUUAUUAUUUACGACGUUGAGAAGGAUGUUAGUACGGAAGAAUUGAUAAAUGAAAUAGCGGAGAGGAAUCUGGGAGUGACGGCUGAGGAGAUCAAGGCGGAGGUUAGGAUAAGAUCCAGGGAUGUUAGGAGGGAAGGGAAUAGGGAUAGGAGUAACAUAAUUCUGGAGGUUUCUCCAAGGAUUAGGAGGGGACUGGUUUGUAGAGGCAGGGUUUUCGUGAGGAGUUUCUCUUAUAAGGUCAGUGAUAUCGUGUUGGUUCUUCGUUGUAAUAAGUGUCUAGCGUUUGGACAUGUAGCCAGAUUUUGCGAGAGGAAUGCGGUGUGUAGAGUGUGUGGAGAAGAGGGGCACGUGGGGAAGGAUUGUGUGAAUAAGGAAAAGCCUAAAACGUGCCCGAAUUGUAGGUUGCGAAACAGGGAUGCCAGGCACUCGGUACUAGAUACAGAGUGUCCGGAAUAUAGAAGAGCUUUGGAGAUGAGUAAGUCGAGAAUUGAUAAUGGCUGAUAGGAUUCGAUUUCUGCAGGUAAAUUGUAGGGGUGCGAAGGUGGUUAUGAGUGAGGUGUAUGAGCGUGCUUGUCAGGAGAGAGUGUCUGUGUUGUUGUUGCAAGAGCCGUAUGUGUAUGCUGGAAGGGUUAGAGGAUUGGGUGCGGGAUGUAGGAUAGUUAGUGCGAGUGAGGGACAGGUUGGGGCGGCGGUGG